AUGCUACAUUUCUGUAUCUCUCCGAUGCUCAAGGAAGCUGUUGAGCUCAGAAUCGACGAGCUAGGCCGCGCAAAAGAUGCCUUCAUACGUCACUACCAGUCCAAUGCUACUUCGGCGGCGAAUGAUAACACUAUCGUGAGGGCUAAGAAACUGCUCGAGGAAAUCACCACACUCAACCCGGAGCUCGAUAACGAUGAUGAUUUGGACAUCAUGGCUCGUUAUAUAAACCAAGCCUCAACCAACCAUGUUAUCUCAGAGUCGAAAGUACUCAAGUUCGAACAGCAGCUCCGGGGAAAGCUUAGCAAGCAUCAGAAUCGUCUGGAGGUAUCUACGCUACACUGUCAGCUGCUGAGAGAAGCCUUAAACACAGGAUAUACCGAUAUCUCGGCUUUCGAUAAGCCUGAAAGCGUCGACCUGGAAGAUGACUUCGAAGUCGUCGAACAAGAGUUAGAUGAGGUGUUGGAGAGGUUCGAGAAGGAGACAUUUGCUGCCAGAGAUACAAAUACCGAGGAAGUGAAGGCUUACCUUUCUGAUCUUCUCGAUGACGGAGGAGACUUGUCAAAAUUCGAAGAGCUUCGGGAUGAAUUGCAAACAUUCGAAACAGAACUCCAGACAGAUGGCUUGGAGAUGGACCAGGACUUCCUGAUGUGGUGUAUCUUGGACAUUCUCAAGAACGGUAUCAUCAGUGAGGAGAGGAAGAAGACACUUGAAGGCUACUUGCAGUCGCCGAUAGCACUGCGCGAGCUUGUGUCGGUUCUGAAUAUCAAGCCUGUUCGUAAUUUUGCUUACAAGGACACCGAGAAAGGGCUACCCGUCACGGCAUUGCAGAAUGCGGAUGGCCAUUACUCCAUCGUCGUCGAAGAGGGGGUCAUUGACUCGCUCUUCUUACGAGCACUGGGCAUGCGUUGGGCUAUGAAGCUCAAAAGCUGCCUUAACCAGUUCAAACGCUACAGUUCAGCAUUCAUGUCUCCGAAUCUAUCCGAGGGGGAAAUAGACAAGCGCUCAUACUUUCUCGAUCGAGACCCUGGCGAGAUUCCGACAGUAAAUGCCCCAUGCUCCAUCUGGCCACCGAACUUUCCACCUGUUCCUAUGCCGCCACCGCCCAUGGACAUGGGCAUGGGAAUGCCCCCUCCACCUCCUCCUCCACCUCCUGCCGCCAUGGUUGUACCUUCUAAGAAGAGAUACAAGAGCAUGAAGAACCAGCUGUGCUAUCCACCUCCACCUCCACCAUCUCACUGUGGAAGUAUAGCAUAUAGGAGGCAUGCCAAUUACACCCAACAGUACUUCAUGUCGCGUCUACCAACCGAGAUCGGAAGCACUCCAAAUGUCAAGCCCGCAGAGGAAGUCCAGGCAGGCCUAAUCAAAACACUUGCAGUGGAAAGAAGGAUUCGGAAAGGGCUUGACGGCCAGGCCCAUGCAGGCUCCGCUCACUUCAAGUCGUUGGCGUCCUUGCUUCCACACCAAACCAUCCUGACCGUGCUCGAGUUCCUAGGUUUUAGUCAAUCGUCCCUAGAUUUAUUCGGGAGCUUCCUGUCUGCCAAACUCAACAUUGGUCCUGCGGUUCGCGGAGCUCCAGAUCGUGUCCUACCACGUGCUCGCGGCGUACCUGAUGGCCAUGCUCUUGAGUUGGUCUUCACGGAGGCAGUCAUGUUCUUCCUUGAGUUGGCUUUGAGCAAGAAGACAACCUCUGUUCUGUACAGGCUCAAAGACAGUUGCUACUUCGUGGGCAACGACGAAGAGUACAAGCUAUACCAGUACGAGGUCAGGACUUUUGCCAAAAUAAUGGGCCUAGAGGUUGAAAUGGAAGAAACGCAAUCGAUAGGCCUUUUGAGCCUCGAUACAGGGAUCGAAACUGACAAGGUCGUCACUUACGCCCAUCGUAUCAAGAAGCAACUACAGGGUUGUAACAGUGUGCUCGAAUGGGUUGGUCUCUGGAAUAACACAAUUGGCACGUACGCUGCGCACUUAUUUGGUCCUCUGGCGAAUGUGUUCGGCAAGGCUCAUCAGGAAGAAGUGAAGGAGACAUACAAUGUCAUCUACGACAUCAUCUUCAAUGGAGGCAGCCUGACUGCUCACGUUGAGAGUCUCCUAGCCACAUCCGGCCUUACCAACCCACCCGUUUCAAUCGACGCACUCGUCUACCUCCCCCAAGCCUACGGUGGCCUCGGUGUGAAGAACCCAUUCAUCACGCUAGGUCUCGCCCAACAUCUCCCCGAUGACCCCAACGCCGAUCUCAUAACCUACCUCGAAGACGAAGACUUGUACUACAAACGCGCUGCCGAGAACUACGCUCUCUUCGAUGCCAAUGUGUACGCCCGCAAACUCAACUACAUCUUCAACAACGACAAGGCGCGCAUGGAUGCGGCAGUGGGUCCAGGUCGCGAUCUGAACAUCUUCAUGACGAAGGAAGAACUCGUGGCAAAUCGUGAGAAGACUACCUAUCCCAAUCUACUCACUCCCCCUGGGUACCCGUACGUGUUCACGUCGACAAAACUGCCGUCACUCUACGACGUGUACCGUGACAUGCUGUCGGAGCCAAAGGACGAGAUGCCCGAGAGCGAAAAGAUCACGGACGAGGUUACACGACUGGAGGACAAGGGUGACAUGGAGUCCUGGCGCAGCUUGAGCGCCGAGGAUAAAUGGGUGUUGCAGUUGUAUGGUGACGAGUGUUUCGAGAAGUUUGGCGGGUUGGAGAUUUGGAUCGGGGAGCAUGUGCCGCAGGAAGUGUUGAAGUUGGUUAGGGGUGUGGCUUGGGAGGACGACGAUGGCAGUAGCGAUACGACGGAGCCGUGA